UUAGGAAGAAUGGGUUGGACAAUUUUCUUCAGUUCCAAAGGAUAUCUGAAUGCCAUGCUGAGCUUAAUCUCUGCAGCAUGCUCUGUGCUUCUCAUCUCUUCCUGAUGCACUGCAUGGUUAUUCUGAAGGGGAAGAUAAAGAAACUGGCCACCAAGAUGGUAAUCACUAGUGGAAAUGAAGAAGAUAAAGGCAGUCAAGAAAAGGAAAGCAAAGAAGAAACCAUCUUGGCAAUGCUUGGAAUUAUUGGGACAAUUCUGAACCUCAUUGUGAUCAUUUUUGUGUAUAUUUAUACAACGUUGUAAACUAGAAGGCAUGCAAAUAGACCAGAUAAAACAGCCAUUAAGAGUGACAACAAACAUUGCUGACUAUUGACAAGUUCUUUAAUCAGAAUUGACUCUGUAUUAUAUUAACACAUCAUAAAAGCACUGCCUGAAGGCAGCGAAGACUGAAGCACAAUUAAUUUAACAAGACUUUUUCACACAGUAAUAAGCUUAACUCUUCUCUCCUGCCCUCUCCUUUUCGGUUUGGUUUUCAGUUUGGGGGAGAAUGACUGCAGUUAUGUAAGUUGUAGCUUUGAAGAAAUCCACCAGGGAUAUGUUGUUUUAACACAACAAAAAUAAAAAAAAGGAAAAGAAAAAAAAAAGGGAAAAAAGGAAAAGAAACUGUACACUAUAUAUAAUUAGAAAUGUAUGCUGUAUACCCGCAAAGAUUGAACUCAAAGAUAGCUUCAUAGCACAGAUCACGUGUCUGUUAGGUCAAAUGGUUUUUUCUCUUGGUUUUUGCUUUUACUUACAUUGAAUCUGACAAGCUUUUUAUUUAGAAUGAACAUAUGGUGCAAUCAUGAAAAAAACAAUUCCAUUGAGCAAGGUCUGCCUAAACCUGAUAAAAUGUUGGGAGAAAUACAUUACAUGGUUAUUUUUCCUUUCUCAUUUGCUUAACAUCUGUGUCUGUUCAUACCAAUGUUUAUAAAUAUAUAUUUUUAAUAAAUGUGCUAUAUUUUUAGCAUGAACCAAA